UUCUCUCAUUACAGUUUUUGUGUUCACACUGCUCUCGGGGCUGGGUCCCUGACAGCUGAUGUGAUAUUCAGAAAAAAAGCUUUAGUUUUUUACAAAUACAAGUUAAAGCGUUAAAGAAGGCAUUUUUGUUGCUCAAUUUGGAUAAACGUAAGAAAUAAACAUGACUGCCAUCAAGCAUGCCCUUCAGAGGGAUAUUUUCACCCCCAAUGAUGAGCGUCUGCUGAGCAUCGUCAAUGUCUGCAAGGCAGGGAAAAAGAAGAAGAACUGUUUCUUGUGUGCCACAGUGACUACAGAGCGCCCAGUGCAGGUGAAGGUGGUGAAAGUGAAAAAAACAGAUAAAGGAGAUUUCUAUAAGAGACAGAUGGCAUGGGAACUACGGGACCUGACAGAUGUUGAUGCCAAAGAUGCCAAUAAGGAGAACCCAGAGUUUGACCUCCAUUUUGAGAAGGUUUAUCGGUGGGUGGCGAGCAGCACUGCAGAGAAGAAUUCAUUUAUCUCGUGUAUCUGGAAGCUGAACCAGCGCUACCUUCGGAAGAAAGUGGAGUUUGUAAACGUCAGUCCACAGCUGCUGGAAGAGCUUCCUAAAGCUGAAGAGUCGGUCCCGAGCGGAGAGAGUCAGAGUGUUGCAGGGGGAGAUGAGGAUGCUCUGGAUGAUUACCAGGAGCUGAACGCCCGUGAGGAACAGGACAUUGAGAGCAUGAUGGAGGUCUGCGAGUACGCCAUUUCCAAUGCAGAGGCCUUUGCUGAGAAACUGUCCCGUGAGCUACAGGUCCUAGAUGGGGCUAACAUCCAGUCCAUCAUGGCCUCCGAGAAGCAGGUGAACAUCCUGAUGCAGCUGCUGGAUCAAGCUCUGGCAGAGGUAGACAACAUCGAGGGGAAGUUGCUCAGUUAUGAGGAGAUGCUACAGAGCGUGAAGGAGCAGAUGGACCAGAUUUCCCAGAGCAACCGUCUCAUCCAGAUCAGCAACACCAACAAUGGCAAACUACUGGAUGAGAUCCAGUUCCUUGUGAACUACAUGGAUCUAUCAAAAGGGCACAUCAAGGCUUUGCAGGAAGGAGAUUUGUCUUCUCCUAAGGGUAUCGAGGCCUGCAUCAACGCGUCUGAGGCUCUGUCACAGUGCAUGGACGUGGCACUCAAACCAGGCCACGAUAAGCUGAUGGCAGUCAAGCAGCAGCAGCAUCUGUUUUCUGAGCUCAGAGACACUUUUGCCCGACGUCUCACCAACCACCUCAACAACGUGUUUGUGCACCAGGGACACGAUCAGAGCUCCACACUGUCCCAGCACACAGCUGAGCUGACACUACCCAAACACAGCCCUCUGCACAGAGACCUGCUCAGAUACGCCAAACUCAUGGAGUGGCUGAAAAACACCCAGAGAGAGAAAUAUGAGGGUCUUUCCAGGACCUAUGUGGAUUACAUGACCCGAUUGUAUGAGCGGGAAAUUAAGGACUUCUUUGAAGUGGCAAAGAUCAAAAUGGCAGGCACUAGUAAGGAUGGGAAAGGAAAAUUUGCCACACUUCCGCGGAAAGAGAGUGCUCUCAAACAGGAGGUGGAGAGCCUGCAUGGGAGCUCUGGGAAGCUUACAGGCUCCACGUCAAGUCUGAAUAAACUCGCUGUGAGCAGCUCCAACAGUAGGCGCUCUCAGUCAUCUUCUCUGCUUGAUAUGGGCAACAUGUCUGCCUCUGACCUGGAUGUAGCAGACAGGACCAGGUUUGAUAAGAUUUUUGAGCAGGUUUUGAGUGAGCUAGAGCCACUGUGUCUGGCUGAACAGGACUUUAUCAGCAAGUUCUUCAAACUGCAGCAAAAUCCCACACUAGCUCAGGUAGAGAAUGUGGAUGACAGCGAUGGAACGGUUCACUCCAGACUCCUCAAUGAAAACAGACAUUCAAUAUCUGAAAAGGACAUGGUUCGGAUGAUGAUGAAUAAGAUCUUUCAGAGCAUUGAGACGGAGCUGAACAGUCUGAUAGCUUUAGGUGAUAAGAUAGACAGCUUCAACUCUCUCUACAUGCUGGUAAAGAUGAGUCACCACGUCUGGACGGCCGAAAAUGUUGAUCCCGCAUCCUAUCUCAGCACAACGCUGGGCAAUGUGCUAGUCACUGUCAAGAGAAACUUUGAUAAAUGCAUUUCUGGACAGAUUCGUCAGAUGGAGGAGGUGAAGAUUUCGAAGAAGAGUAAAGUGGGCAUCCUGCCGUUUGUCACCGGCUUUGAGGAGUUUGCUAAGCUAGCUGAGGCUAUUUUCCGAAAUGCAGAAAGACGGGGUGAUCUGGAUAAGGCCUACAUCAAACUCAUCAGAGCUGUCUUCAGUAACGUGGAGAAAGUGGCCAACGAGAGCCAGAAGACUCCACGUGAUGUGGUGAUGAUGGAGAACUUCCACCAUAUCUUCUCAACACUGUCCAGCCUCAAGAUCUCCUGUCUGGAGGCAGAGAGAAAGGAGGCCAAGCAGAAAUACACAGAACACCUGCAGUCCUACGUCAUCAACUCACUGGGCCAACCGCUAGAGAAACUUAAUCAUUUCUUUGAGGGAGUGGAAGCGCGUGUAGCUCAGGGUGUCCGUGAAGAGGAAGUGAGCUACCAACUUGCCUUCAAUAAACAGGAACUGCGUAAGGUUAUUAAAGAAUACCCUGGGAAGGAGGUGAAAAAGGGCCUGGACAACCUCUACAAGAAGGUGGAUAAACACCUGUGUGAAGAGGAGAAUCUGUUACAGGUCGUGUGGCACUCCAUGCAAGACGAGUUCAUUCGGCAAUACAAGCACUUUGAGGGCCUGAUAAACCGCUGCUACCCGGGGUCAGGAAUCACCAUGGAGUUCACCAUUCAAGACAUGUUGGAGUACUUCUCCAGUAUCGCUCAGUCACACUAAAACAGGAAGCUGAACAAUUGUGAAAUUGAAUGAAAAGAAAAGUGCUGUGUGUGAAAGAGAAAGAGAAUGAGUGCUUACAUUGUAUAUAUAUAUUACAGUGCAGCUGUGUCAUAACAAACACUGGAACCCUGUUUGUAACAUGCAAAUUGCGUUUCUGUUGUUUCUGAUUUCAUUGUUUGUUUGUUUGUUUGUUUUUUGAAAACCAAAAUUGCUUUAUAACACAUUAGUAUAGUGAAUCGCAAAUGACUGAACCUUUCUCAUUACUUCUACAAAACACUAAAAAUCUGUGGCUGAUUUUUCAUGCACAUGAAUGCUGAGUAUCAACACGUAAAAAAAAAGGCCUGGAGUCAUAUGUAAGAAAAUAAAGCAUACUUUCAUUUUAAAUUCA